AUGGAUUCGUUACCAUUUAAGCUAAAAGGUUGGAGUUAUGAUGACCUGCAAGAUGAAUUGAAUAAUAUAUAUAACGACGCGGAGCCAAUACCUUUCGAGCCGGAGUCUGUAUUUAGUGAGUCGGAAGAUGAAGAUGACCAAAUACUGUUGGACCAAACUACACCUGCUUUGAAUUUUACUGAUUCUGAUACUGAUCCAGAAGAUAACGUGCCAUUAUCUAUUUUAGCAACUAAUCUGCUUCCUGUACCACCCGUAAACUCUAACGACUGGUCUAAGCUUGUUGAACCAGUACCCCCCUCAAACUUUACGUCAGAGUCCGGAAUUAAACCUGUUGUGAGAGAAAUGGUUGAUCCUACUCCGUACAAACUUUUCAAGUUAUUUUUUAAUGAUGGUCUGCUUGACCACAUAGUAUUCCAGACAAAUUUGUACGCACAGCAGUCUUUCAGCAAACAAAAACUUACCGAAAUCUCAGAAAUAAAAACCUUUCUAGGCAUAAAUUUAUUAAUGGGAAUUAAACGAUUACCGAGCUAUAGGGACUACUGGAGUACUUCUCCUGAUAUAAAUGAUGCUUACAUAAGUGGAUUGAUGCCUGUGAAGCGCUUUAGUUGGCUCCUUUCGAACUUCCAUCUCAAUAAUAACGUGCUAAUGCCUAAAAAGGGAGAAGCCCACUACGAUAAAUUGUACAAAGUGCGACCAUUAUUGAUUGCGUUAGCUGAGAAUUUUGAAAGGUGUAUGGCUCCAAGUAGGGAACUUGUAAUAGACGAGUCAAUGAUAAAAUUCAAAGGGAGAAGCUCGCUCAAACAGUACAUGCCCAAAAAACCUAUUAAACGAGGAUACAAGGUAUGGAUUUUAGCGAAUAAAAAUGGCUACUGUCAAAAAUUUGAUAUAUAUAUCGGUAAAGCGGAGGACGCCGAAAAACAAUUAGGUGCCAGAGUUAUUAAACAAAUGCUCAAUGGAUUGGAAAAUAAAGAGCACAUUGUCUAUUUCGACAACUUCUUCAAUAGUACCGAACUUCUGGAAGACCUGAAGAAAAAACUAAUUCAUGCCUGUGGUACCGUAAAUCCAUCGAGAAAAACUUUGCCGGUGUUUAAACCGGAUCGAAAAUUGAAGAGGGGGGAAUUUGAAGUUUUUAGCAAUCCAUCAAGAAUUGUAGCUUUUAAAUGGAGAGAUAAGCGUAGUGUCUAUUUACUGUCAAAUUUUCAUUCUCCUUUUGGAACCACUGAGGUCAAUAGGAAAGAAAAGAAUGGUACUACAACCAAAGUUCGUUGUCCGCAAGCGCUGUCAGAUUAUAACGCCAACAUGAAUUUUGUUGAUAAAUUUGAUCAAAAUCUGAAUUUGUACAAAAUAAACAGGAAAUCAAAAAAAUGGUGGCACAGGAUAUUCUUCUACUUUCUCGAUGCAGCAGUAGUAAACGCUUUCGUUUUAUAUAAAGAACUUCAUUCGCCAAAAAUAUCCAUGAAAGAGUUUAGAAGAAGCGUAUCACAAGGACUAGUUGCAGACCUGGUUAUAAAAAACAAAAGGAAAGCUUAUAGCUGUGGAGAAACAGUUGCUAAAAAACAGUUUAAGCCAUUCAUUCCCCUAGAAAUUAGGCACAACCAAAGUUCCCAUCAACCGGAAAGAGAUUCUCGGCGGCGAUGUGCAAAAUGCAGUACAUCAAAACAGCAAGUUCGUACCAACUGGAUAUGUUCGGUUUGUCGAGUUCCUCUCUGUCUGGGGGCAAACAAGACAUGCUUCCAGGACUUCCACACUUUCGAGUAA